UCAGUGACGCGAGUGGAGCACGUGUGUCGGUCGUGGCUGGGAAGACGUUGCACGGCAGUUAUCUGGCUGUAGGCGAGGAGUGCUAGAAACAGCCGCAGCUCCCCUCACCAAUGGAUGGAUUGAGGGAGUGUAUGUCUGUGUGCAUGUGUGAGUGCACGGGUGUGUGUGUGUGUGUGUAGGUCUGUGCACAUGUAGAUGCUGCAUGGGCUGCAACUGGAGCUGCUGCUGAUGCUGGUGAAUAAUGCAGACAGGGGGACACAGUUUGGAUAGCAUGCGGGGAGCCAGAUUAAUAAUGCAUCCUGCUGGGUUACAGGCUCUGCAUUAGUUAGUUUGCGAGAACCUGUAGCUGCUACUGUCUGCCUGCUUGACUUACUGACUCCCUGCCUACCUUUCUACCUACGUGCCAGCCUUUCUACCUGACUGGCGGACUGUCUGAUUUACUCAGAAAAUGUCUCACUAUCAUUUCAUCAAAUGCUGUUGUUUCCAGCUAUGUAAUGUUUUUCGUCAGAACAUGGAGAUAGACCAGUGUCUGCUGGAGUCUCUCCCCAUUGGCCAGCGCCAGCGGCUGGUGAGGAGGAUGCGCUGUGACCAAAUAAGAGCGUACUAUGAGAGGGAAAAGAGCCUUCAGCGCCAGCAAGGUGCAGUCAAGGUUCGAGCCCCGCCCACCCACCGCAAGAAGCACCACGUCCGCUUCAGCAUCACUGAUGUCAUACAGGAUGCUAUCAUUCGCCAUGACAACAAAGGAAGGUUGUUGCGUCUCUUGAAGGAUGGAACAGACCUCAACAGUCCAAUUUCUUCUGGGGGAUCCUUGCUGCACCUGUGUGCUCGCCAUGACAAUGUGUUUGCGGCAGAGCUUCUGAUUGAGCGAGGCCUGAAUGUCAACCUGCAGGACGACGACCUGUGGACAGCCCUGCAUGUAGCGUGUGUGUGUGACCAUGCAGAUGUGGUGCUGCUGCUGCUGCUGGCUGGAGUGAACGUUAUGCUGCAGGAUGUCAAUGGAAACAUUUCUCUAGACUACGCAUCUGAGGGAACUGAGAGCAGCUAUAUCCUCCGAAAACACCUGGAGGAAAAUGGUGUGGAUGUGUCAUCUAUGCAUGCAAUGAAGACGCAGAGACCCAGCACCAUGUUGUCUGAUGUUAGACAGCUUGUAGCCACAGGUGGAAACCUUAGCCAGCCCAAUGAUGAUGGGGUCACUCUGCUCCACAUAGCCUGUGCCAGUGGUUACAGAGAAGUGGUGUCUGUGUUGCUGGAGAGUGGAGCGGACCCCCAUCCUGCUGACGACAACUUCUGGACCCCUCUCCACCUGGCUGCUAAAUACGGACAGACAAGCAUCGUUAGCCAGCUCCUGAGACAUGGGGCGAACCCGACUCUGUUGAACUGCAACCAAGACAAGCCUUCAGACAUUGCCGCAUCAGAGCCUAUAGCUGAUAUGCUUCUGAACGCAGAGGAGAGCUGGCUGCAGAGACUGAAAGACCCCUCAGCUCCUCUGCCGUCCACAGACCAACGUUAUGAUGGCGGGUCACACGACCUCACCACACCCGUCAAAAACCUGAACCCCUUGGGUUUGUCUAUCUCUAAGCGGGACAGUCUUCUGGAGAAAUGUGCCAUGUUCAGAGAGGCAGGUGGAGCAUUGAGUGGACAGCCCUCCCAGGACAACAGCCUAGAUGGCCCCUUUAGCUCUGGAGCUAGCAAACUAGAGCAGGUCAAGCUGAUGCCUCCAGCACCCAAUGACGACUUGGCAUCCCUUAGUGAGCUGACGGACAGCAGUCUGCUCUAUGAGAUGCAGAAGCGCUUUGGCAAUGACCAAAUCUAUACUUACAUUGGACACAUCCUUCUGCUGGUCAAUCCAAAUAAAGAGCUGCCAAUCUAUUCCACUUUGGUGAGUCAGCUGUAUCUGAGCUCCACAGGUCGUCUCUGCUCCUCUCUGCCCCCUCACAUCUUCUCCUCAGCAGAGCGAGCUUACCACAUGAUGCUGCAGGAGAGACGUCCGCAGUGUUUUAUCUUAAGUGGUGAAAGUGGUUCUGGGAAAUCAGAGGCAUGCAAGCACAUAGUGAGACACCUGAUGGCCCGUUCCAGCUCCAAAGGCUUUGCACUGGAUCCCAGGAUGAAACAUGUGAACUGUAUUCUGGAGGCCUUUGGCCACGCAAAGACCCAGAGGAACAACAGCUCAAGCCGCUUUAUCAAGUUGUUGACCAUUCAGUACUGUGAUAAGAGGAGGACACUGCUCAGAGCCCGUGUGUACACCUACAUGCUGGAGAAAGCUCGUCUGGUCCACCUGCCUCCUCACCAACACAACUUCAGCAUCUUCUAUCUGAUGGCUGAAGGCCUGUCGCCUGAGGAGAAGAGCACACUGUACCUCAACAAUGUCCUGGCUCAUAGGUAUCUCAGUGGAGGAUUUUCUGGGGAGAACCCUCCAGUAGCUAAAGCCUCUGCCCAGAGCAGGGAACGCCUUGCUGCAGUCAAACAAGCCCUGCGAGCCCUGGGCUUCAACAAGCAGGAGGUUGACUCAGUGUUUAUGCUGCUAUCUGCGGUGCUCCAUAUUGGGGACCUACGUUUUACUGCGUUGACAGAUGCCGAUACAGCCUUCCCUUCUGAUCUGCAGCUGCUGGAGAGAGUUGCUGGAAUGUUGCAGGUGUCCUCCAAUGACUUAAGCACAGCCCUCACCUCUGACGUUCAAUACUUCAAAGGUGAUGUGAUCACUCGGUGCCACACAAUUGAGAUGUCAGAGCAGUGCAGAGACCAGCUCGCCAAAGCCAUCUAUGGACGCCUCUUCAGCUAUCUGGUCAACAAUAUCAACGACUACCUUCAGGGACACGAUGACAGCAUUGGUGAUCCUGCCCUGGAAAUUGGGAUCUUGGACAUAUUUGGGUUUGAAGAAUUUCAGAGGAGUGGAUUUGAGCAGCUGUGCGUGAACAUGACCAAUGAGCGGCUGAGGCAGUACAUCUCUGAGGUACUAUUCCAGCAAGAGCAGGCUGAGUGUCUGCAGGAGGGCAUUGCCAUGGAGACCCAACGCUCCCCUGGCAACCAGCCAGCCGUUCUGGAUUUCUUUCUUCAGAGGCCUCAGGGACUGCUGUGUGUGUUAGAUGAGGAGAGCCAGAGCCUGCGGCCAGUAGAGCAAGCCAUGUACAAGAGGCUGUCAGCCCAGCUGGACUCCAGUCCAACUCACGGCCUCUCUCUCACUACCAAGGAUGGAAAUGGAAACCCCCCACCCAAAGACCAGGGCCCAGCUUUCACUGUCAACCAUUAUGCUGGACAGAUUUCAUAUGACCUCACGGGAUCGCUCACAAGAAACAAAGACUUCCUUCCUCAGAAUCUCUCGUUUACGAUGAAGUCUAGUGAGAGUGUGUUACUGCAGCAGCUCUUCCAGUCCAAGCUGACUCAGACUGGUUCACUGGUGCCAGCAGCUCAGGGCCGCAUAGGGCUGAGGGGGCCUAAAGCUGCCUUGUUGUUCCACAGGAUGCCAUCAGCCUCUCUUUUCACUGCCAACUCUGUCCCCCAACAGCAACGGCGGUACAAUGACCUUACCAAGAUCUUGAAGAAGAAAGGCUCAAGCUCCUUCCUCCAGCGACUGGAGCGGUGUGGGCCCAUCACAGUGGCUGUCCAGCUGAGGAACUCAUUGUCAGAGCUGAUCAGUAAACUGCAGACUUGCACUCCCCAUUUUGUGGAGUGUGUGCGCCCCAACGCCAGCGGUCAGCCAGACAGUUUUGACAGCUUUCAUGUGUCUACCCAGCUGCAGUAUAUUGGGGUGCUUGAGAUGGUGCGCAUGAUUCGUUAUGGAUACCCUGUCCGCCUGUCCUUCCCAGGCUUCCUCAGCAGAUAUAAAGACCUUGUGGUCCCAACUUUGGGAGACAAGAAAAAAUUGUCACCAGUGGAGAGAUGUCGCUCAGUUCUACAACAGUCCAAACUCCAGGGAUGGCAGAUGGGCAGCAGUAAAGUAUUUCUGAGAUACUGGCAGGCAGAUCAGCUCAACGACCGCUGCUACCAGCUUCAUAAAAAGAUCAUCACCUGUCAGAGAGUGGUGCGUGGCUGGCUUGCCAGACAGCGGGUUCAUCGCAGGCUAUCAUUGCAGCAGAAAGAGGAGUGCAGUGUGCAGCGGUUCCUGCAGGGGGCAGAGGAUAUGGGGCUGCGAACCUAUGACCAGUUGGUCAUCCAGAAUGCAUCCGACAUCGCCCGGGAGAGCGACCGCCUGCGCUGCCAUGGCAACAGUCUUCUAAACACCCUUGGCAACAGCCCACCACUUGGUGAGAGGCCUGAGCCGGUGGGUAAGGAGGAGGAUCAGCCUGUUAGGAGGGUCGUGGAGAAAAGUGGGAAAGUCCAUGAGGGCCCUGUCAAUGGAGGCGGUCGAGUUAUUCGCCACUUUCGGUCCAGCUCAGUACCCAUCCCCCUCGCCAUGGAGAACAUGGUCCAUUGCUCUGCCAGUCCACCCAUCAAAUCAGCCCUGCAGCAGGUAGCUCAUACCAAUGAAGAUGGGGCCAGUGGGGGAGGUCUUUCAUCUCCACGGAAGCAACCUCCUCCCAAACCAAAAAGGGACCCCAACACCCGUCUGAGUGCAUCUUAUGAAGCAGUUAGUGCCGGGUUGAAUAUGGCAGCCAAAGAGAGCCCCACUCCAGAGGGCUACUGUUCGCCAGCUGGAAGCCCCCCUAAAUCCCAGCUGUCUCCCACAGACCCUGCAGCCUUGUCCAAGCCCCGUCCCCACAGUGAUGACUACACAACCAUGAGGAAGGUGCCACCCCCAAAACCUAAGCGCAGUCCCAACACUAAGCUGACAGGCUCAUAUGAGGAGAUCAAUGCUGUGGCACCCCACCUCCACCAGCUGCGCCCCGCUGAUGUAAAGCUGGCCUUGCUGUCCCGUGCUGGGGGAUUUGGAGGGUUUGGUGGUUUGAUGCAGAAAGCAGCCUCCAUUGACGCUCCACAAGGGGUAGCACUGAGCCUGUACCAGGGUCAUGAUGAAGAGGAUGUGUACAUAGAGAUGUUAGGCUCCCAGCCACGGGCUCGGAGUCUUCAGGAGCCCCCCGAUAGCCCAGAACAGGCUGACUCAGAAGCUGUCUAUGAGGAGAUGAAGUAUUUCCCUUCGGAAGAUGGUGGACCUCCUGCCACUGUGGUCACUAAGGCAGCAAAACUGGAGGCUUUAGGCUUGAGCUUGGUAGGAUUAGGAACAUCUCCUCCUCAGAGCGGGGACAAUAAACGGGUUGCAGCAGGGGUGGCUACUGCCAUGGACAUCACUCACUCACAGAGCACAUCCAGCAGUGGAGCUUCCAAAGCUCAGCAUGGCAAAGAUGGCAGCUGUGACAUCCCUGCUCCCUUCCCCAACUUGCUCCCACACCGUCCACCUCUCCUGGUGUUUCCCCCUUCCCCUGUCACCUGCUCUCCGGCUUCAGACGAGUCACCCCUCACCCCUCUAGAGGUAAAGAAGCUGCCAGUAUUUGAGACAAACCUGAACUAUGCUACUGGCCCAGACAGCCCCCUAUCCCCACAGUAUGCUCGUCAGAGGGCUGACUCCUCCCCUAGCCUCUCUGUCCUCAUGCCAGAGAAAAAGUCUACACCUCCGCUUACCCCUCCACCUCCACCCCCUCCCCCCAACGCCCCCCCUCCUCCCUACAGACCUCCUUCACAUUUCCCCUUCCCGCCUGAGGCCAGCUUCCUGGUGCUGACACGAGCAGCAUCUGUCACAGGGAGCUCGGACUCCCCCAAAACAUCCUCCCAAAGGGCAGGUGGGGAACCACUUGGGAAGCCACCUCCCUAUUCCCCAGUGAAGAUGUCCCGUCCUGAGCCUCGGAGAGCACACUCAUGUUCCUCCUCUCCCCUCCUGUUCAACCCAGCCAAUGGUAGACCCCUGACCAGCCCCCUGGAUGAACUCAACACUCUUUUCAGCUCUGGACGCAGCCUUCUGAGGAAGUCCACGUCUGGCCGGAAGAUGAGAGAUGGAGGAUUCAAUUCUAAUAUCAAUCUGCCCGGGAGGGAAGAAUGUGGCUCUGCCCCCACCUCACCUUCUCUGCAGCUACAGGACAAGAACGCCAACAACCACUCUCCCCACUCAUCAAGCCCCGCCCCCGUAGAGAACGGCAACCAAAUCUCCAAUGGAUCGGUGGAAGAUGAGAGUCACAGCAAGUCAAACUCCACCAGCUCCACCUCUCUACACAGACACAUGGACAGCCAUCAUACUCAGGCAUUCCAGCGACCUCAUCUGUCCACCGGGGAUGAGAGUGCCGCUCUGGGGGUGCUUCUGCGGUGGCGGCGAGGGCAGUGUGAGGGGCGGGGUAACUGGAAGCACCGUCCACCCCAGUCCCCACCCCUGCCCCCCACUCUGCUCUGGACCAACAGGAAGACCUCGCCCUGACAGAAGCUGUAUGAUGCAGUUACAUGUAUUGGCUAUGAAAUUCCUCCCUGUCUCUUAAACCACACUCACACAUGCUCUUCGUGUUUUUUCUUUCUUUUUGUUUUUUAAUUUUAUUUUAAUGUGGACCAAGUAACCUCAGUACCCAGAGGCUUGGCUGAAGCUCCAGCCCCAAAGCCUCAGCCAAGUCCCUGGCCUGGAGGUCCCGCCUCUUGGCCUUUGACCUUGACUGUGGAAGGAUGCCUAAACCUAUACACUAGAAGCUCAGCACAAGUGCUAUCCAUGAAAAAUUAGAGGAAAGCAGGCAUAGUAGAGGUUCAUGGGCAGUUGGGGCGUUAUUUUAUUAUCAAAUAUUUUACUAACAAAAAGAGACAGUCAGAAAAAUAACGAAGACAAUGUUAUUGUUAUCUCAGGUCUUCUGAGAUAAAAUUUAUGAUGUCCAUUGAUGGAUUAAAGAGCAAAGUAGCAGUGUUUUCAUGGUAGUCAAAUAUUAAAUGGCAGUCUUUGGCCAUCUUUAUCCUUGCCUAUCAUGAUGCACUGCUGCACACAAAGGAGCUCCAACCUAAAACAUGGUGCUGAUUAUACUUGACAUGCUGUCCUGUGAUGUUCCCUUGAGUGGUUGUGUGUGCACCCCUGAGUCUCAGACUUCCUUUAAAGUUUACAAGUCAACUCGACGCCUUUGGACGACUCCGGUUUUUAGCAUCAAAGUACUGGCUUAGACAUGGGACAUUUUCAGGUACACAGCUCUCACUUGGCCAUUCAUGUUUGGGCUCUAAGCACUACUGUAGGCCUGGCGACGUGCAACCAGGGGUCAGGUUAACCUCAAUAAUAUCCCAAGGUGCACUUUUCUUCCCCAUUGUUACCACCAGCCUUUGAGGAUCAAAACCCUCUGGCCAAAAUGCAAACCACUGCACUUACCUUUACUAUGAAAAUGGGAUCUAACAAAAAAGGGAUAAAGCUAAAAGCUAAAGCUAUAAUAACAAAGCUUUAGCCGAGAGGUAUAAAGUUCAUGUUGUGAACAUGAAGCUCUGUGCCAAAGUGACACAACGUGUGAAAGAUAUGUCUAAACUAACAAGUAUAGUUAUAAAAACUUAUGUAUACAGUAGUCCCCAUAUACUCAUAUUUGUACAGACUGACACAAAUGACCAAAUCAUAGCUGUUAGCACGGUUCAAUGAUGAUCAUUUAUGAAUAGAUUAAAAAGAACAUGUCAAAAACGGGGGAGAAAAAAAAAUCAACAGUCUACACUUGAAAAGUAGCAACUUAACUCUCAUUUUGUCUCAUCAACAUCUGAACGGUUUUAUGUGUUCAGUGUUGUUCAGGAGACUGUGCAGAGCUCAGGAACUCAAGCACAGAUGAACUCGAUUAUUGUACAGAUUCCUCCAUCGUGGGCGAGCCCUCACAGACGCUCACUACCUUCUGUGUCCUCUCUUCAUGUUCUUUCCACACUUGACCUCUGAUAAACUGACCCCACUCUCACCUUGGUCUUUGACCCCUCCCUCACCGCCACCUUCCUAAUGGAUCAAACCGGCUCUACGGGUGUUUCCAUGGUAACCACUAUGUAAAUAGUGAGUAAUGUCAUAUGUUGUAGCUUUUACUAUGGCAGAAAAGCACAGAGAUUGAAUUGAAAGACAAGGAAGAAAUGAGAUAAUACUGUCUAUGAUGGUGAAACUGAGAUUUAAGAAUGUCUUGGGUUAGAUGCAAUGACUAAGGUAAAGAGAAGAGGUUUAUUUUAAAAUGUGAAUAUCUUUUUUUCAGAAUGAUGAUUAAGUAUGAAAUUCUUUAUACUCUAUUUAAUAUUAUUUGUUUUCCCCCCUCUUGGCCCUGUGUUAAUGCAAGGCAGAUGUUUUCAUUGUAUAUUGUGUUUAUGUGGUGUUGUGUAAUGGGCUGGGUGUGUCUUGACAAGGUGUUUGAUCUUUGAAGAUCAUUCUGAAAUGUUAGAGCCACAAAGUAUCAAUAGCUCUAAUUGAUUUCUCAUUCCCACUGAUCACCCACAAUGUGUCUGAUUGAUUCAGCCUUACAAAUUAGCAGCACCAUCAGAGGAUCAAUCUCAGCUGCUGUCGAUGCGUGAAGGUGCACAAAUAUUCAAGAGGAAUUAGAGGAGACCACUGAUAUUCACAACAGAGAUGGCAAAUAAGCUGAGCUGCAUUUUUCAACUGACUGGCUGAAUGUAUAAAUGCAAUUUUUUUUUCACUGCCUGUGCACAUCAAUGAAACCCUAUGUAUCUUAUUACUGGAACAUGCGCCUGUAUCUAAAGAGUGUACCUGACUGCUUAAUGUUAUUAUCGUCUUCAAAAAUCACGUAUGCAGUUCAUGUUUUUUUAAGGCAAGUUGAUAACGAUAAGGUAUUGAUUUUCUCCACGAUUCAUGCCUCGUUUACUGUGAGCAGUACUGCAUUGCAGAACUAUGUCAAACAUUUUCAUCAUGGUGCGCUCAUUCACACAAGGAUUUAAAUCCAUCUGUGAUCAAACAAAACAGACAGGAACCAAGAUCAAGCUGGUCAACUUUGCUAAUGCCAGUGAAAGAGGUUUAUAGCCUCUAUAGUGUCCUUGUAGUAACAUGUUUACUAAAAUCAUGAAACAAGGACAUGAUACGUUUUUAUGGUCUUUUAAAGUAUAUCAUUGCUUUUUACCUUGCAUGACCAUGUGUUGGACCUAGCCCCCUAAAACGUGCUCAUGCUGAAAAGAUUUUAAGAAAAAAAAAGAAAGGAUGUCUAAUGUGAAGAACUACGUCCCACUGCACUGUGAGUCACUGCACUGUCCUCUGCAUCUCAUCCAAACGCUCUUCAUCUCUCCACGUCCACCUUUAGCUGGACCGCCCUGCGCGCUUAUCAUUUCCAUCAUAUACAAACCUGAGCUCAGUCUGUCAUAAGCAUACCAAACUCUGGCAGCUAGAUUACUGCCAGUCAUUUUUGUUAGUCAGGAAUUCUCUGCUCUGAGAUUAGCUCUCUGGUGCUACAGCCAGUGCAGAAUGGCCAUUCUAUUGUCCCCAGUUCACAUAUAGUUGUCCAGAGAGAGAGACAAUAUUUUAGCACCUAAACAGGGGUAUCUCACUGCCUUUCAUAGUGUUUUUUUAUUGUAAUCUUUAUUUUGUACAUGACAUACAGUAUGUUUUAACCUGCAUACAUACGUGUUUGUGGAAAGAAAAAGAUUGUAUGUGAUAUUUCAUAAUUAUCAUGUUCCCAAUGUUUUAUAAGUACUGUACCUGUACAGCAAUAAAGCACAAUUGUGUCAA